AUGGCAUCCGCAACAGGAGCAGCAGGUACAGUUGGGUACAUCGGUUUGAAGGGAAACUCUAACGUUCAAUGGCGAAAGAUUUGUGACUUAUACGACGGCUUUUGUAGGCACGUUGGCGCCUCUAUAGCCGUUUCCUUGUUCGGCUCUGUCGUGCUCACUUUGCUCAUUAUAAUCUCUGUUCGGGCCCUGUCCAAGAGGAUCCCCAAUCUUCUCUUCAGUGGGGCGUUCCGCACUGCCAUGUUGCCGCCCUCCACCGGGUCGUGCUCCCUGACUUCCGUCGCUAUGUGGUCCUCUCAGCCAGGUAGCAUCUCAACAUGCAAGUGGUUGGCUUCGCCGUGUUCGAGAGCGGUUCCGGCGGCUAGCUUCGAUUACCGCCUUGUGGUGGUCGGAGUCAAGGUUGGUUUCUUCUCAGUUCUCCCCUCGACCCCAUCCCAUUUUUCUCGUCUUCCAUGGUGUUGGGUGGUGGGUCUCGCUAGUGGAUACGGGUUGGCUCCGAUCAGUUGUCGGCUUGUGGCUGCAGGUUAG